CCGGGGCCAAUGAGCUCGGCCUGAUUGCGAACUUUCCCAAAGAGGCAAACCUAAAGACGGAGAGGAAGCCGAUGCUAGCUCGCUCUGGUCUAGAAGCCACAGGCUAGAAAGUGGGCCAUGGCGGGAGCUUCUCUCUUCACCCCAUCGUCUCUCUCACACAAAGAUGGACUUUGAGAAAGAGGAGCAGCAACAUCUUCAGCAGUGCGAGGACGAGGUUGAGCAACGGGGCUGGGUCAGCUCGGAUGUCAUUCGCGAUGCCAUCAUUGGGCUCAGCGAUGGCCUCACCGUGCCCUUUGCCCUCACGGCCGGCCUCUCUGGCACGGGCAACCCAAGGCUCAUUGUCGUUGCAGGCUUCGCGGAGCUGGCAUCGGGUGCAAUCUCGAUGGGCAUUGGAGGCGCCCUGGGCUCCCACGCAGAGAUGCAGCACGUCUCGGCGACACGGAAGCGCGUGUUGCAGCGAGCGAUGCAGAUGACGCCCCGAGCAGCACAACAGGCCAUCGGGACGGUGCUCGGCCCCUUUUCCGUCUCGCCGCGCGUUGCAAAGGACCUGGCAAAGGAUCUCGACGACGACCGCGAGUCUCUGGGCUUCUUCUUGCUCAAGAUGGAGGAGGGCCUCGAUGACAAGGCGUCGGAGCAAGAGAGGCGGCGUGUUUGGCAGUCUGGACUCGUCAUUGGACUCAGCUACCUCGUCGGCGGACUCAUUCCUCUCCUGCCCUAUGUCUUCUUUAGCACAGUCAGGCACGGUCUUGCCUGCUCUGUCCUUGUCACCGCCCUGGUCCUCCUCGUGUUUGGUGCCGUCAAGGAGAAGCUCGUGGGAGGCACCGGCGGGUGGCGCGGCCAGCUAGCCUCGGCGCUUUCGACGCUCUUUGUGGGCGCCAUCGCCGCUGGCUCCUCCUGCGUCAUCGUCAGGGCUCUGGAAGGGUAGUUGUUUCCUCGUUCACACUUGUAUUUCUAGCACUGUUCAGUCAUCGAUGGGCUCUUAUUUAGACUGAU